AAAAAAAAGCCUCCUCCUAGGAAAAUCCACCACAAACCCCAAACAAAACCCCUCAGUACUGUCUCCUCACCCUUUUUCCUCAUUUCAAAACCAACUAGCGAGCAACAACACAGAUAAGGAAAAUCAAAAACCUCACCAGCAACUCACCAAGAAAUGGCUAACUUGAGGACGGCUAUGGACUCACAAUUCUGGGACCAACCCAUUUCUUCCUCACAAACCCUAGAAGGUUGUGCUUACUCCAUUCCUGGAGACCCAUUUCCUCUUGAAGUCACCAGAGCCAGCAAAGCCCUUAGAGUUCAACAACUCUCUGUUUUAGGAAAUGGCUUCCCUCUUGGCACCAUUCCCUCUUUCUCUCCUACUUCGACCAAGGACCUUGGCGCUUUUUCUCUCCAGUCUCUCUUCCUCAAACUCGCCACCUCUAACAGUUGGCUAGGAUUAAUUGGCCAAUUUAGACCAAAGAAGCUGAUUUCUUCUAUUAAAGGAGAAUUUACUAAUGCUGAUGAAUUUGAAUGGCCUGCAUUUAAAGAUGUAGCUAAGCAUGUUUUUGACAAGUCGAUUUAUUCCCUUGGUUUAUUCUCACAAAUCUCCUUGUCUUCAUCUUCUGUGUUGCUAAGCACAGAAAGGCAUGGUGACAAGAGGAGACCACGCUACAAGAUGAUGCUCUGGCAUGAGCUUCCUGAUCAUGAUAUAACUUUGGAGGCUGCGUGGCCUGGGCUAUUUCUUGACCACAAAGGGAAAUACUGGGAUGUUCCUGAGUCAAUAUCCUUGGAUAUGUCAUCCCUUCCCUCUGAAUCUGGGUUCCAAUACCGCAUUGGUGUACACAAAAACGGCGGUCAUCCUCAGCCUGUUAACACCUUAAAUGGUGAGGUACCCUGUGCUUUGAUGCCUGGAUUAUGUGCGAAGGCUGCCUUUUCUUAUGAAAAGAGAAAGGAUUUUUGGAGGCAAAAAGACAAAGUUGAUGAUACUGCGGUGAAGACAGAUAAGGGAAAGGUUUGGCACCCGUCAUUUGAUAUGCGCCUUAGGGAACCUCAUUCUGCAAUAUCUGGGAUUAUUGGUGGCACCUCUGUGGCCUGGUUUGGGGGCAGUGAAAGCUCCCCAUCUACAGAAUCGCAUGUUGAUAUGGACACUUCAAUUGGCACAAAGAAGAGAAGUCCAUUAAAUGCCAAUCUGUUUGGCUCAGUUUGCUAUACUUUUCAGCACGGGAGGUUCACUAAGCUAUAUGGUGAUCUAACUAGGGUAGAUGCUCGCCUGGAUAUCUGUUCAGCUUCUGCAGUUGCUAAAAGGGUUUUCAAUAUUUUCAGACGUUCUUCCUUUAGUAAUGCAGACAAUCCACUGUCUUCUCCAAAGCUUAGUCUGAUCCUCCAACAGCAGGUUGCAGGUCCAAUUAUGGUUCGGGUUGAUUCAAAGUUUUCACUUGGUUCUUCCUCUGGGAAACAAGGCCCGCAUGUCGAGGAUCUCAUAUGCAGCUUGAGUUACUCAUUGAGGCUUUUACGCUCUGGGAAGGUUGUUGCUUGGUAUUCUCCAAAAAGAAAAGAGGGGAUGGUUGAGUUGCGCUUGUUUGAGUUUUAAUUAAUUCUGUACUUUUUUCCUGUCAUGAUUUUGUCUUGAAUACACUUGUUUUUUUCUGGAAAUUUUUUAUUGCAGAGAGCAAAAAAGCCACUUUCUUUUCA